AUGAAAGAAACAAUCUCUGAGAAACUCGAGAAAUAUUUCUUUAACCUUCAAUUUGAAGAUUAUGAUAAAGCUGACCAAAAACUUAUUCGACUUUUAUCAUUAGAAACUGAAGAAUGUGAAGAAUUGUAUCAAAAAGAACCCAAACUUUUUGAUCAAUAUUUUAGAAUGACUAAAAUAAAUGAACCUGACACUGAAUCAGAAGAAGAAGAUAACUUUAAAACAAAUACAAAGACUGUUAAGUUCGAAUAUUCAGAUAUGGAAGAUGAUGAAGCAGAAUCUUCUUAUACAGCUACAAGAAGAGGCAAUAAAAAGAAGUAUGAGUUCAAAAUGCCUGUCCACAAUGGUAUUCCAAAUAGUGGUCAAGGAUCCAAUACGAUCAAUGUACUCAAUAUUGAUUGUAUCCAAGAUCUAAAACUCAGAGAAAGAGUUGUAGAAAAAUGGGUUACUGAGAUUUCACUAAUCUUACAGACAAACCCAGAUGAAUUUGAAAAAGCAAAAAAUGUUCUACUACUUUUAGAACACAAAACUGAUGGAAUUGUGCAAAAAUUCCUAAGAAACAAUAAUUGGAAUGAAGAAAUGCAUGGUUCAGAUCUUUUUGAUAAUAUCAUAAAUGUCAUAUACACUACUUUCUUAGGUCUUGAUUAUAUUUCUAAUAAAGACUUCACCAUUAAUAAGAAAGUUGACAUAGCAAGAGUUUCAAUGACAAAACUCCAAUUACAUGAUAUUAGUCUUCUCGACAAAUACACAUGUAUGUAUGAAUCAUAUCUAUAUGAUAUUCCACAAAGAAGUGAAUAUGCGCAAUGGAUAUCUGCUUACCUCAUGAAGAUUCCAAUUAUUGGAGAAACCUGUACAGACAGAUGGAAAAAAGAAGUUACUGGAGAAAUCCAGCAAACCAGUCUUUCUUAUGCAACAAAAAUUGCAAAAGAAGAAAUUGAUAGAAUCUUGUCCGGACCUCACACCUCGCAGCCAGAAGUGCCGAGGAAGACUUCCAUCUCUACGGAUCCCAUCGACCCUCGCUGGUACCCUUCCCCAUCCCGUUCUUCCCUUCGGCCCGUCGAACCCAGAAGACAGCAUCGGUUUGCGAAGCCGACCAACGAACGAUCUCUGCUUCUCCUUCCAUCCUCUUCGGCCUCAUUGACCACCGACGAUGCUCCCUCUGAGGUAAUUGCCACCACCAAUACCAAGAACCAACACCGUCACUUUCUUAUUACUUCAAAUCAGAUGAAAACCGGAUUAGCAUGUCUGAUUUUCCCGCAGCCGAUGCCCAUCGGGGCUGCUUCGCUGGUAUCCCUUCCUCUUUCUUGUUCCCGAUCGAUUGAAAGGAAGAAGGCGACUCUUUCGAUUCUAGGAGCCCUUUUGAUCGACUGA